CUGCCGAUAAGGGGCGCUUGCAUGGCAGCGUCACGGUACCGCCACCUAAACUUUACCGUUACACAACCGUAACACUACGCUCAUCCGCACACGGAAAUAGCCGUUCGUGUAAAACGCUGCGCGGUAUUUCAAAAUCGUCGUGAUUCUCCGCCGCUCGCUCGAAUCGGCGUCUCUUCCGGGUACGUGGUUUCUGAGAACCCGGGGAGCUGCGAUCAGCUGACCGCCGGGUUGUCACAUGACCGCGGUCUCGCAUUUUCUGGCAUGCCUCUAAGAGGGUGAUAAUGGCCAUGGCGGUGUCGAGCGGCGCCGCGGCUGUAUUUGUUUUCCUUUCCUGCGUGUGGCGUUUUUGCGCCGGAACCGCAGACGGGCAGCGUGAAGUCAGUCUGAACGGUAAAUGGCAGCUUGCAAACGCCAACGGAUCGCUGUCCUUCCCCGCGGAGGUGCCGGGCUGUGUGCAUUCAGCUUUGCUGAAACAGGGAUACAUCCAGGACCCGUACUUUAGAUUCAAUGACGUGGCCUACAGGUGGAUCGCUCUUGACAACUGGACCUACACAACCAGAUUUUCUGUGUCUUCACAUCUAAGGUUAAAAAAGAAAAUGGUCCUUGUCUUACAGGGGGUCGACACCGUAGCCUCCAUUUCUCUGAAUGGAAUCACUGUGGGCAAGACGGAAAACAUGUUCUGCCGAUAUGAUUUUGCAGUCGGAGACCUGUUAAAGGACGGAGAGAACGUGCUCAAAGUGAGCCUCAUCUCUCCAGUGCUUUAUGCCUCUGAGAGGAGCAAGGCACAUUCGGCGUACAGUGUCCCCCCCGACUGCCCUCCGAAUGUUCAGAAGGGGGAAUGUCACGUCAACUUCAUUAGAAAAGAACAAAGCUCUUUCAGUUGGGACUGGGGUCCAUCAUUCCCCACCAUGGGUCUAUGGAAAGGAGUUAGUCUGGAGGCCUAUGAUGUGCUUCAGCUGGUCCACCUCUCCUCCGUCCCGUUCUAUAAUGCCCGCCUGUCUUGGUGGAGUGUUGAGGUGGAGCUGCACGUCGAGGCUGCUGAGCCAACAAACGGGCGAGUCGUCGUCUCCGUUCCAGAGCUGUCUUCACAACACACGUUCCAAGCGCGGUUCCUCCCUGGAAAGACCAAGAACAUGUACACCCUUCACAUCAACACGAGUAGCCAGGUGAAGCUGUGGUGGCCUAAUGGACAUGGUGACCAGCCAUUUUACCGUCUCCAUGUCACAUGUUUUCUGGAUGGACCCAUCACCCUCAGUGCAGAAUCCAAGGUGUAUUUCCGCACAGUGGAACUUAUCCAAGAGCCCAUCAUCGUUUCUCCGGGUCUGAGCUUCUAUUUCCGCAUCAAUGGGAAACCCAUCUUCCUCAAGGGCUCCAACUGGAUCCCGGCCCACUCCUUCCAGGACCUGGUUACCCCUGAUGUCCUGAGGAAUCUGCUGCAGUCGGCUGUGGACGCCAACAUGAACGCCGUCAGGGUGUGGGGAGGUGGUGUGUACGAGCAGGACCUGUUCUACAGCCUCUGUGAUCAGAUGGGCAUCAUGAUCUGGCAGGAUUUUAUGUUUGCUUGUGCUUUGUACCCCACGGAGGACGACUUCUUACAGACGGUGAGAGAGGAGGUCGUCCAGCAGGUGCGGCGGCUGAGGUCUCACCCCUCAAUAGUUGUGUGGAGCGGGAACAACGAAAACGAGGCUGCCUUGGCCACAGACUGGUUCAGCAUCCCCGCUGCCCGGAGGCCCACAUACCUGAAGGACUACGUGACCCUGUAUGUGACCACCAUCAAGGCUGUCGUCCAAGAGGAGGACCGGAGUCGACCAUUUCUCGUCUCCAGUCCCACCAAUGGGGCCGAAUCGGAACGGGAGGGAUGGGUGGCGGCCAACCCCUACGACCCCCACUACGGCGACACCCAUUACUACAACUACAACCAGGACUGCUGGGACUGGAAAAGCUUCCCGCGCACUCGAUUUGGCUCCGAAUACGGCUUCCAGUCCUGGCCCUCCUUCUCCACUCUGCAAGGGGUGUCUGUAGCAGAGGACUGGAGCUACGACAGCGAGUUCACUGAGCACCGUCAACACCACGAGAGUGGCAACCAGCAGAUGCUGCUGCAAGCUGGCUUCCACUUCCACUUGCCGAAUUCCUCAGAGCCCCUCAAAAGAUACAAGGACACCCUUUAUCUCACACAGGUGAUGCAGGCACAGUGUGUGAAGACUCAGACGGAGUUUUACCGGCGCAGUCAGAGCGAGAUCAUUGAGGGCAAAGGUCACACCAUGGGUGCCCUCUACUGGCAGCUCAAUGACAUUUGGCAGGCUCCAUCCUGGUCCUCUAUUGAGUUUGGCGGGAAAUGGAAAAUGCUGCAUUAUUUCGCUCGGGACUUCUUUGCCCCGUUGCUGCCAGUCGGCUUUGAAGAUGGCGGUUCGCUCCUGAUCUAUGCUGUCUCUGACCUGAGCGAUGAUGUCAAAGUAAAGGCAGUGGUGUCUGCCUACGCCUGGAGCAGGUUGGACCCCGUCUGCACGGUGACGUCGGAGACGGCGGUGGUGCGGGGGGUCAGCGCCACCGCCAUUUUCAAGCAGCCAGUUGAUGCCCUGCUGGCGGCCUGCGGGAACUGCACCCGUCUCACCUGCCUGCUGGUCUUUCACCUGGAUGACGGCAGCGGCCCGCAAGGCCCCACAAACCACCUCUUCCUCAGCUCGCCCAAAGAGGCGCGGGGGAUACGGCGAGCCAACAUUACCGCCACGGUUCAGGAGAGCGAGACCGGGUACAGCAUCACUCUCCGGUCCAACGCCAUCGCUCCUUUCGUCUGGCUCGACGUGGGAAACAUCCCCGGUCGAUUCAGCUCGAACGGCUUCCUGAUGGUUUCAGCGAACAGGACGGUGGGCUUCUUCCCCUGGGGUCCCACCAGCGUGGACAACCUCUCCAGAGCUCUUACCGUCACCUCUUUGGGAAACAUCUACUGACUCGAGAGCAAGUUUAAAAGUAAAGGAAGAAAAAAAAGAAGAAGCUCGGUUGCCCUAUGUGUAGAGUUGGAACCACCACAGGGCAGUUUGUGGGGUUUAAUGGGGUUAUUGUGGCGGUGGGGUUGAUGGUCGCCUGGCCAAUGUGCUCAUCAGCUGCUUGAGUCCUCUCAAACCACACACACUUAGCUGUCAACUGAUGCAAAUCAGUCUGGAUGGGAAAACUCAGUUAAAUGGGGAUAAAAGCCUAAAAAUGUUUAAAGUUCUGUCUCCAUACUGAUUCCGAGAUUGCCACCGCCAGAUCUGAUGCGACGCAUGAUUGUGUAUUGUGCAAGGAAACGUUGAAAAAUGUGCUACUCUUUUGUAUUGUGUGUGAGUGUGCGUGUGUAAUGUGUGUGUGCGCGCGCGCACGUGUGUUAACGCGCAGAUAAUAAAGAACAAAAAAAAUGGAGAACUUGCUGCAACUCGCUGUCAAACGUUG